AUGGAGGAAAUCUUAUUCUUUAUUCUCUUUCUAAGUACCAUAGCCGCCCGGGAAACCAGUAAAUUUCAGGAGAUCCUCUCCAUCCACAUCUCCGAAACUCCAAGAUGCCCAGAUUUUUGGGAGCCUGACAGUGAUUUUCAGGCAUGCUGCUACUGGUGGGAUACGAUGACAACGGCUUUCGGACCAAGUUCUGUCCCAUCGCUGGCUUGUUGCGGUUCUGAGGCCGCAUGUACCGGGCCAGCUUCAAUAAUGUAUGACUGGUCCACCGGUCCUGCUGGAUUUGAAACAAUAACACCGUCCUCCACACCAACAAAAACGGCCGCAGCCCCAGGCGCUAGAGUUACUAGCAAUAACGCAGCUACUGGUGUCGCCACAGAAUAUACUAGUCACGGAUCCACUGCCAACCUGCCAGGUGCUACUAGUACAACGUCUGUGACUGGUCCGGGCGACGGUCCAUCCAGUCGUACGAUUGCUAUUAUUGCAUCAGUAUGUACUGUUGUCGGGACGGCUGCUGCUGUUGCGACAGCAUGGUAUGCCCGGAAAGGUUUGAAGGAAAAGUUCAAAUCAGUUGGCCGGGGAGCACAGAGAGCAUUUGCUUUUAAUAAUGUUUAG